GCCGCCUGGGGACCAGACUAGAAGAUGCCUGGGGACCGGGGCGCACUAUCUUCUCCCGCAGCAUCAUCAGGCUCCCCGAGUGCCGCGCCGUCGGGGAUCGCCGCAUGCCCUCCGCCCCCGUCUCCCCUAGCCCGGGCGUCUCCACAAGCUUCCGGUCCCCGACGCGGUGCCAGCGUCCCGCAGAAGCUGGCGGAGACUCUGAGCAGCCAGUAUGGACUGAACGUGUUCGUGGCGGGGCUUCUUUUCCUGCUGGCCUGGGCGGUGCACGCGACGGGUGUGGGCAAGAGCGACCUGUUGUGCGUAUUAACCGCACUCAUGCUGCUGCAGCUGCUCUGGAUGCUGUGGUACGUGGGUCGCAGCUACAUGCAGCGCCGCCUCAUCCGCCCCAAGGACACGCACGCGGGUGCGCGCUGGCUCCGCGGAAGCAUCACAUUGUUCGCAUUCAUCACCAUCGUCCUGGGGUGCUUGAAAGUCGCAUACUUCAUUGGAUUCUCAGAGUGCUUGUCAGCUACAGAGGGAGUUUUCCCAGUCACCCAUGCAGUGCAUACAUUGUUGCAGGUCUAUUUUCUCUGGGGCCACGCUAAAGAUAUUAUCAUGUCUUUCAAAACACUGGAAAGGUUUGGGGUGAUCCAUUCAGUGUUCACAAACCUGCUGCUGUGGGCCAACAGCGUCCUGAAUGAGUCAAAACACCAGCUGAAUGAACACAAGGAACGGCUGAUCACUCUGGGCUUCGGCAACAUCACCAUAGUUUUGGAUGACCACACACCACAGUGUAACUGCACACCGCCUGCCCUCUGCUCUGCCCUCUCCCACGGGAUUUACUAUCUGUACCCCUUCAACAUUGAGUACCAGAUCCUGGCCUCGACCAUGCUCUAUGUGCUGUGGAAGAACAUUGGGCGCAGGGUGGACAGCUCCCGGCACCAGAAGAUGCAGUGCAGAUUCGACGGGGUCCUGGUGGGCUCAGUGCUGGGCCUGACAGUGCUGGCUGCCACCAUCGCGGUGGUUGUGGUGUACAUGAUCCAUAUCGGGCGCUCCAAGUCCAAGAGUGAGUCGGCUCUUAUCAUGUUCUAUUUGUAUGCGAUCACGGUGCUGCUGCUCAUGGGGGCUGCGGGGCUGGUAGGAAGCUGGAUUUACAGGGUGGAUGAGAAGUCUCUGGAUGAGUCAAAGAACCCAGCCCGCAAGCUGGAUGCUGACCUCUUGGUGGCCACUGCCUCGGGUUCCUGGCUCCUCUCCUGGGGUUCCAUUUUGGCCAUCGCCUGCGCUGAGACCCGCCCACCGUACACCUGGUACAACCUCCCCUACUCUGUCCUGGUGAUCGUGGAGAAGUACGUCCAGAACAUUUUCAUCAUUGAGUCGGUGCACCUCGAGCCUGAGGGGGUCCCCGAGGAUGUGCGCACUCUGCGUGUGGUCACCGUCUGCAGUGGGGAGGCUGCUGCACUGGCUGCAUCGAGUCUCGGGAGCCAGGGGACGGCCCAGGAUGGGUCACCUGCUGUCAAUGGGAAUCUGCAUCUGCAGCAGAGGUGUGAGAAAGAGGACCAGGAGGCUGACUGGGAAGGAGCUACGGGGACAACCCGAUGUCUGGACUUCCUUCAGGGAGGCAUGAAGAGGAGGCUGCUCAGAAACAUCACAGCCUUUCUGUUCCUUUGCAACAUCUCGCUUUGGAUUCCCCCUGCCUUUGGCUGCCGUCCCGAGUAUGACAACGGACUGGAGGAAAUUGUCUUUGGCUUUGAACCCUGGAUAAUUGUGGUCAACCUGGCCAUGCCCUUCUCCAUUUUCUACAGGAUGCACGCAGCUGCCGCCCUCUUUGAGGUCUAUUGUAAAAUCUAG